CCCAGUGGACAAAUGACGUCAAAUGACCACAAAUGUACAGCUAAAUUAGACAACACAAUUAGGCAGGACCAAACAAACCAAUCAACAAUUUGGAAAUGAAGAGCCAUUUCUAGCGACGAAAGUGCCUACAGAGGCUCCUUCUCGAAAGUUCCUUAUUCUUCCGGCCCUGUUAGAUAUUCAUAAUCUUCAGGGAAUCUAGCUUGCGUGAGCUGUUACACCAAGGCAUUUUCACGUUUUUGAGGAAUUUUAGGCCAAGAAAAGAAUGGUAAGACAUAAAAUUUUGGUUGCAUGUUACGUUAAUAGACACAGGCCGCCUCAAUAGGCGUACACGUGUGGGUACAAAGGCAAACGAACAGGCACGAGCUGUAGAGUUUUCCAGACUUUUGAUUCUGUUGACGACACCCUAUGGUGUGACUAUUCACUUUCAUUUACCUCGAAUCCUAUUGGUACCUUUCUCCUCACGAAUGAGUUCAUUUUCGCGUGCAUCACUUAUCUCGAGCCCCAAAUUCCUAAACAUCUUUCCCGUAGGCUGCACUUUCAUCUACCACAAUUUAUUUUUGUGUUAUGUGUUGUUCUGGGUGAAUCUGUCGACGAAUCCUGUGGAGUAACCAUUGAAAUAAAUCCUCCUUGACAGCUCUCACACAAGGUAGCAUCUGUCCUUCAGAAUUAUACUAUAUGAAGCUUCCAAUUUUUUUUUUACUGCAGGCCACACGCAAACACACGGGUCAUCAGUACUCCCUUUAACCCCUUUUAAGCCCUUCUAACUGUUCUAAAAGCGUAAACCAGUCACAAUUGGACACUGACCCUUUUCAGUGUCCACAGGAGCCAAAACACGAAGAGACAACAUGCAAAUCUUCUACAAAAAAAGUAUAUUUCUUUGAUUUUAUGUGAAUAUCAGUGAAGCGAAAAAGUAUUGUUACUAAGUGAUAGACAAAUUGUAAUUAGUACGGAAGUAAUUCUCUCCUGGUAUACGUCAAUAAUAUCGAUUAUUUUUUCAUCCUUUACUUCCUGCAGUUGCUUCCAUGAGAGGACACUUUCCAUAUUUAUGAGCCCACAGGUAGGCCUGAUUCCGAAGUGUCCGCUUACUGGACAUUAGCCCGAGACUUCACGUUAGACUUCAUGAUCAUGGCAGACGGUUCUAAGCCCACUGACUCGAGCAGUUCUACGUAGUCCGCUUCUUUGAAAUGAGUCUCUAACUGGUAGAAGUUUAAAACGUCGCUUUUUCAGAUAAAUUGCCAAUUACUUCUAGGACAAAAUUUUCUAAUUUGAGCAUCAGCUUCCCAGUGGUGUUGGCGCAGGCUUUCUUUGGAUCAGUUUCUGAUCUCCUCACUAAAAUUCCGCUCUAGUCAGUGUCUCUGUUGCCCUGAUUGACAGAUGUCAGCCAUCUUUCCGAUGAGCAACAGAAUUCUGCCGGUUACAGCUAGUAUUUUGUCAAAAACAAUAUUUGGGGUAAAUAACUAAGAUAGAGGGAAAAAUACAGAUCAUUGCCAGAACCGCACUUUAGUGGCUUUUGUGGUGGAUGACCGCUUAAGAAGAUGUUUAUUGAACAGCGUGAGGAUGCAGGAAAUCUUGUCAGUUUCUAAGAAGUUGGCCUCAAAUCAGGGUUCGUCAAACUUUAAAAAAGGCAUGAUGCCAUUAAGCAAACGCUUAAAAAGGAAGUGCUAAAUGACAUCCGGUGUUUAAUAACCUCGUAUACUUGCGUUAUUUCGUGUGGAGAGUGUCGACAGCAUUGAUCGUUCAAAGAUUUCGCUAUUUCCUUUGCGGACCUAGCGCUUUGUUCAAUAGGAAUAGAGCGGAGUGAUUGGAACAUAUACAGGGAUAUACAUGCAUUCCACGCGAGUGCGUCAAAGACGCAGUGUGACUUGGAGAUAGGCACGAAUCCAGAUUGAAGUUAUUUUUAACGCAGCGUUUUAAUUGGGUGUCGGGUUUCAGGAGAAGUGGGUGUUAAGGCAUGAAACAGUCUUCUAUCAUUUGUCAUUUAAUCAAUUAAAAACGAGUAGCUUAGUUGAUUAGUAGAGGAAUGCGAUAACUUUUCGCACCUAAGCCGCACAAUAUUUCGACUGUCUUCACGUGAACAAAAAAAACACCAGUCGGAUAUUCUCAUUACAGGCGACGUAAAAAGGGGAUUGUCAAAAAAAUCAGUCUUGAACGCCCAAGACACUUUAAAAAGGGCCUAUCCCAUUAAAUGCAUCAUCAGUUGAAGUUUCGUUGAAUCCUAUCCAUAGGCAAUUGUCUGAAGAUACAGAGGGUGUUGAGAGAAUCCGGUCAUUGAAAGAAGAAGCCUAAAGCAAAAGUCGAUUCCUCUGCCUGCAAUAAUUUGAGGAAUUCGACUUCAAGUUGUAGAGAUACGGCAAGCCUUGGAACUUAACCCAAAUUUUCAUCUCUGGAAAAUGCUAUUUCAGACUAACAAUAUGCCUCGCAUGUUGUUUUCUUUGACGUUUUUUUUUGCAUUUUAUCUCUGCGUGGUUCACGCUGGCGAUGAUGACUACGACCCUUGCAAGGCGGGUAAGUUUUCCAAUCUUAAUUACCUCCAACCACGGCAUAUUUUGUCUUCGUACACCAUUAAUUUAACCCCCUUCGUUUGCGAGCCUGUGGCAAAUCCUUAGUAACUCACAGGAGCAAUUUGGUAAUUGAUCGUUAUAGAAGUUUGCAGAAAAAAUAUCUGGAAAAUGUCUGACAAAUUAUGAACAAUAAUUGCAUAAUGGUUUUAAGACUAUUUUGUGUUCUACACGGUCUUGACACUACCCUAUUAAUUGUAAUAGACAGUUUCCUUGCAAAGCCAGCUCUGUUCGAAGCAGAUUAAUCUCAUUGAAAAGAUGUUAUCUCCCUCUUUGUAAUGAUACGGGUCGUUAAUACUCCAUCGUCAUUCCUUCUAAAGACGGCAUUGUCCAAGGAGAUAUAGCAGUAUCAGCCGAUCAGCUACUUCGCCACAGACCGAAAAGGGCCGCAACUGCUUACAAUAAGAGGCUAUGGCGAGACGGAGUGAUCCCGUUUAUAAUCGACCAAUCCUAUACAGGUUAGUGUAGUAAAAUUUAUUGUCCUGUUGUUUUUAACCUUUCUGUCCAAAUAAUGUUACAGAAGCACAAUCCCUUUGACAAGUAAGCUUAUUUUCCAAGUGAAUUUCGAUUUUCAUACUAGCUUUCUAAUGUUAUUAUCUACGGACCUCAGUUAUCAUCAACUUGCAUGGUUCAAUGUUUGUUUCAUUUUUUUUCUUGUAAACAAUCGAAACUUGAAGCCUGCAUUUCUUCGCACAGAUCAACAGAAAUCAGUUGAUCGUAAUUUUAUUAUCAUUAAAAAAUGCGCUCUCAUCACCUUCGCGACAUUUUCAGCUUUUCACUGUCAAAUAUAUAUCAACGAGCGCAUGAUCGUGCCGACGCACUGGAGGAUAACUUAAAAACAAACCUGGGUAAACGGUUUUCAGCAGUGCUGAAAAAAUUCUUCCGUUAUCAAAUUCCUUGUGUCGAUCAGAUAGCAGCUGGAAAUUUUUGUUUUGCUGAAAACAUAAUUAAUAGUUUAACUUUGAUAACAGAGUAGUAUAUCGAUUACAUGGCACGUUUUAUGGAACAUGUACUCAUAUCUUAAAAGCAUUUUCACGCUUCUUGGCCAUUUCAAGGGUUUUCAUUGUCAUGCCGGAUUAAACACGCACAUCAUUUUUGUUUAUUUAAAUUGAGUACUCUACCUAAUCAAGUAUUACAGAGGUGAAGCCCUGUAACUAGAACGUAAACAACAAAUGUCGUUGAUUUCAGUCAUUAAGUGUGAAGGUCUAUUUGAAUGUGUCAUUUUUCCCACCUUUACCCUUAAAAUCAAAAAACAGAAACACCAAAGAAAACAGAAUUCGAUGCCCAUUAGCAGAAGGUUCCAAACACAAUUUUAACCAUUUCCCUUAGUUUAUUCCUGUUACUCGACAAUCAUUGGCUCAGCUGGAUUUGUCCUUUCGUAUGCUGAGGAAGGGAGGGGGGAAUUCGUCAAGAGAAUUCCACUACUAAUUAUAACUGUCCAGCCAUCUGUUUCUAAAUAAUAUGCACGGGAGUAAUGGAGUUUUAGUGAAAUCUCUCCAGCUUACUUUAUUUUCAAACUGACCGGUUUGGUCCACCAGUUCUGACUUUAGGAAGCGCCCUAAGGGUGAUAUUGCGACAUUGGACAUUUUCAAACGUGCGGGAUCAGGAGCCUAGCUCCUGGCAGGAUGUGGUAUUUUUUCGUCGGGUCGAUUUUGUCGGAGUUGCACUUGCGGUAAUUGCCUAUUUUUCUCUUCGGUAUUGCAAUGUUCCGGACCCCUCAAUACUCUCUCAAUACCCGGGCUGAAAACGAGAUAUCAGAAACUCAAAAAAUAUUUUGUGAAAUCGUUUGUUAAAAGGUUCUAGCAAGGAAGUGGUAAAAGUGAAACCCGAAACGAUUUUGACUUAGCCCUCACGUAAUUUUUUUAGGCUUUUUAAUUAGGUUUGACACCUUCAUAAAAGUUUCAUUUUUCUCCAUUUCCUGGAAGGCUUUUAAAAGGAGGAAUUUAGAAAGUUUUCCGUGAAAGAAUUUUUAAGUUUGGUAAUUGCUUUUAAAUUGAUCUAAACAAAUUUUAUUGGCUAUUGAUCACUGUGGCGCGUGCAUAUAAAGAGUUAUAAAUAUUUAUGGUUGACCUUGGUUCACCUAAACUAAAAAGAAAACGGAACACCAAACUCGGUAAAAAGGAAAUAUUGCCUGCAGUUGUGCUUAUUUGAAAUCCGGUCUUUUUUUGAGGAAGAGAAAAAACAAAUGGUCCGCUGUUUUUUAGGAAAAUGCUGACCCGAUAAAAGAGGGGUAUCCGCAUUUGCUGCUUCCAGUUCAUUGGAUAUUGAUAUCAUAGGCGUUCAAUACAACAUCGCGAAGCUGAAAUCACGAUUGAGGCCAAAUGUUUACAAUAAAAACAGCAUUUUUGUUUCUUUUCGUAGGGAUAAACAUAGUAAUCUGAACUUCAUCGGAUUUUAGACUGAUAAGCUUCUUAUUCAGGUCUUUAUUGAGCUGCCUUUAAGUUAUGCAAUUAUUCAUAGUCCAAUGUCCUCUUCCCUUUCUUGGGGGUGGCCUUUCUUCUUCUUCUUCUUCUUCUUCUUCUUCUUCUUCUUCUUCUUCUUCUUCUUCUUCUUCUUCUUCUUCUUCUUCUUCUUCUUCUUCUUCUUCUUCUUCUUCUUCUUCUUCUUCUUUUACUUCUUCUUCUUCUUUACCUCCUCCUCCUGCUCUUUCCUUGAACGAAACAGCUGUCUAUGGCUGCAGCCCUAAGGCCUGUCGAUGUCUUGCCAAAUAUGAAAUUCAUAUAUUCGUUAUUUCAUCAUCAUCCUUUCCCGGGUAUAUUACGAACCAAUAUAAUGACCAUCUCCCAGUUACCGGUAUCACAGCGCGAGGUCAGGAUUCGAAAAGGCCCAGCAAGCUAAAAUUUAUUUUUGCAACAGCAUAAGUUGGGUCUCUAACUGUGAUGAUCUUCUUUACAUUUAUUAACCUAAUUGUCGGCCUCGUUUCCUAUUCGUCAUUCUUUUUGAAUGAUGAGAACCCGUGUAGAAUCCUAGUAUACAUACAGCAUUUUCGUUUGUACUCUUUUGAUUACCUUGCUGUCAGUUUCAUAUGUCUAACGGCCGCCAUAUUCUUCUGCGCUUGCCAGCACGCCCGAGCCCGGCCAAUACGCCUAAAGAACUGAAAUUCAUCAUGGAAACAAAAAUUAUAAGCACUGCGUGAAUAGUCGAAACUGCGUCACUUUGGUGUAAUUUACAGUACGCGUGGUUUUGUUUCGCGACAAUUUGGUUGGGAAUUCCUUGCAUGCAGUGUGUCAGUCUUCUUCCGUAAACGUUAUGGAAAAGGCGCAUAUUUGACUAGUCAAGGGCUCGCAAGGCCGUUCAUAAACCCUGCCCCUUUUUAUCGUAAAGUUCUGCUUUAACUGGUUCAAUUCGGUUCUGCGUUAACACUCAAGCUAGUCGCCUGAAGAAGACUUUAUUACUCUGUUAUUUCUAUCGAUAGAGAACGAACUCAUAAAACAGACUUUGGUGAGAUUUAUGGCCUGAAAACAUUAAAUGAAGGGACGAAUCUGGGAACACUUGAAUGGCUGGCAUUUCCACAUAUUUUGGAGGGUGAACGGUAUGACUUGCCAAGAAAGACAUAGAAAGCCUCUGAUCGAGAUUUUUCGAACGCCCUCCCUAAUCCCACAAUCUUAUAGGUUAGUUGCAAGCUAAUUGUCCGUUAAAUUUUUUGCCCGACCUUUUUAUCGAGUGGUGGUCUGCUAAAAACCGUUUUAGACUACUUUAAAGCUAAUGACUUAAAGCAGUGAAGAGACGGGAUACUAUUUGCUCGCUUCCGACGGAAACGUGAAGAAAUUUCUCCUGUACAUGUGACUUGCGCAGGUCUACUUACUUGCUGUAUAAUUGACUACUGACUAAUUUCGGACAAGGUUAACUUCACCCUACCUCUUGCGAAAAGGCGGGCUAUGCCCCUGCUAAACCAUUAUAGUUCCUUAUUCUUUGUUUGACGAAAUUCAUUUUAAAGGUUUCCUUAAUUAAAUACGAUAGAGAUACUGAGUACUUAAAAAUACCGUGACUUAGACCUAGUAACUGGACCUCCAAAGUGUAAUUAUAAGUGGGUUAGUGUAGCAUGCUGGGCUACUGAAACAACUUGAUUCCUUUUCCAGCCUGCUCUAUAAAUAUGCCUUCUUAACAGCGGUCAUAAUAAACAAUGUCUUAUUAGGAUUGGCCAAAUUGAAAAAAAGAAUUGUGCUGUUUAACACUUGCUUAACUCAUAUUAAAUUGCAGACAAUUUAGGUGUUCAAAAGUAAAAAUGGUAGCUGUAGUAAACAUUUUUUAAAAAAUUAGGCAAAACUGUAUAUAACGAAGGUUCGAGAUCUCACUGGUGCCCUCUCAUUGGCCUUUCAGUCGUUGCUGUUGCCAUAUCAUCUUCUUACUCCUAACAGUCUCCUAGGCAUGUUUAAUAAAGACAUAUGUUUUUCUCUUGUGGUCCUGACCUCAUCGCAGAAACUUAAGUUACAAAAUAAGCGACGAAAAGAAUAAAAUUUCUCUUGGCUACACAGCAAUCUACAAGCAUUGAACCUUCUAAUUCGUCCUCACAUUUGAGGGCCAAGGUCAUUGUAACAACGCGUUCGUCGCAUUUCCUGGGGUACUUUUCUUUCACAUGUAAAAAUCAACUCGAGCCCGACUGCAAGGAAAAAAAUGGAAGAAGAAAAUAACAAUGAAACUUCAAACUGAACAAGCAAUUAUUUCUUUCUAUGUAUGCCUGCAAGGAAAAGAGAUUUAUUUUUAAGGAGUUUACUUUAAUAUAAUGUUGCAGUAGCCUUUUGACCAUAUCAAUUUAUUCUUUAUCACUGAUAUUAAUUAAGACUGGCUCCAGAGGUCCGUUCUCGAAACAUCGGAUGAAAUAAACCGUACUCAUUAUCUAAGGUAGCGUUAACUUCGGCUUUCCUCCUUCAAUAAUUUCCUGAUUAUCUAUUUGACAACAAGUCAAUUAUUAAAACAAAUAAAACUAAUCCUAAGAGGAAUUUCCUAUGUACAUGUAUCUAAAAGACUGUUUAUUUAAAUACGAUUUAAAUCCCAAAUAUUCAAGGCUAGACUGAUUAGCCGGUGUGCUUGGGAUUAAAAAGUUUACUGAUUCUAGAUUUGACUAAAUACAGGGGGCGGGCGGAUCUAGGGAGAGGAUUCAGGGGGUGCGCACCUCCCCCCCCCCCCCCCCCCUUCAGAGUUUUUUAUUUUUUUUUUUUUGAGAAUAUUCUAUAAAUUUUUUUUUUUUUAAAAUUCCAAAAAAACAAAAAUAGAUUGUUAGAUGUUCAAGUCUGUUCGUAUCUGCGGUUAUAUUUUAAAGGUUGUUUUUUAAAAUAGGAUUUAAAACACCAAAUGUUAAGGGUUAAGUGAUUAGGCGUUUUUGUGGGGAUAAAAAGGUUUAUGGUUUUAAAAUUUGACUAAACACGGGGGGCGGGGGGAUCUAGGGGGGGGGUUUGGGGGGGGGCCCCCCCCCCCCCCCCCCCCACCUCUAAGAUGUUUGUAAUUUUAGUUAUUUGGAAAUAGUUCAUAUACUUUUUAUUGUAUAAGAUUCCAAAUAAAUAAAACAUGUAUGUAAGUAUGUACGUGUAUGCUGACCUGCGGCUUUCUUAUGCAACUGUUAUUCUGCAAAAAAAAAUCUUUGUGGUUUACUGGUGUUGAAGUAAAAAAUGAGACGAAGUUGGUACUGAGUUGAUAUGUUGAUGUGUAUUCUCAGCAGUUCACAUUAUUUUAUUGCCAAGUCAAAAGCCUCCUUCUUCGUAUUCGCUUUUAAAAUUUGUUUACGUCACCAGUCGGUUACGCCAUUCCUUGGUGGAGCAUCCUCUCCCAAGAAAAAUCCUGAACUGAUCAACCUAUAUCUUCUCAAAGGGGCUGUGAUCACGGCUAGCUACAAUAGUUCAUUUGGCCAAUGACCUGUCCUUAUCUGUCAAGCAAAUAUGUCUUCCAAGGCAUUAUUUUAAACUUUUCAAAAACAACAAAAUUGAACCUUAAAAAACUGUUAGGCUAACGCGUUUUCAAAAGCCACAAUUGCAAUCCAUUUCAAUCUUCUUCAAGUUUGUUUAUCCGUGUCUCUUUUUGUACUUUUAAAUUCUUCUAAGAUUUUCAGUAUUUUUUAUGUUUCACCCAAUUUGGUGACAGUUCUCAUUGGUUUCUCUUUUUUUAAAUCAUAAUUUUGAUAAAUUCGUGAAACAGCUCCUUUAAGCUAUUGACGGAAAAUAGCGAUCCCGCCUUGCCAGACCCUUACCAGUUUUCUUAGCAGGAGCUAUAAAGACUGAUCAAGGCCAAAAAAACCCUCUAGGUAGAAUUCGUUUUUUCACUGUACAGUGAACUUUGACACCCUUUAACUUUAUUUGUUAAGUUAAGGCCCGGUUCAGACGCCGAACUUUUCAUGAGCCGAACCUAAUUCGAAUUAAAAUUAUUUAGACCGGCUGAACUGAACCAAGUUAAAAGGCGGAAAUGCUCAUUUCGAUCAAACUACUUACAAAAUAGGUUAUAAUAAUUUAUGCAUUAGGUUCGGUACGUGAAAAGUUCGGCGUCUGAAUGAAAGCCGUUCCAAAGUAGCUCCCAAAGCGAAAUUCCCGGCCGGGCUAGGCGAAAAGAACGGCUGAGCAGUUCCAAAUUAAUAAUUGAUUGAGACGCCGAACUUUUCAUGAACUUAAUUCAACGUAUUAGGUUCGGCUCAUGAAAAGUUCGGCGUCUGAAUCGGGCCUAAGUCACAGUUAAUUAAGAAGAUAUCGCGCCAAACAGAGUCUUGAUUCCUUAGGUUACUUCCCGGGGGUUACUUAAACAAAAGAAGCAAGAAUAUCUCAAAGAUGAAAGUCAUCUAUUUUGAAUUAAUUCCUUUAUAGCAGAAAUGCUAUAAAAAGGUGUUUUUUUCCUUAAAACUGCUUUAAGUUGGAUUUUUGGAUUAGUAUUUCAAAGUACUUAAUCCAAUAUUCAAGCCUAUAAACUCGAGCUCCUUUUCAUCGACUUUAAUGCCGUCUGCAAUGUAACGGUAUUUCAAAGGUAUAUAUCGUCUCGACAUCGUCUGAUCAUUUUAACCGAGCUCUCUCAGAAUCCGCUUACAGUAUUUAAAACAUCUUAAAUCAACACUUAACAUUCUUUCAGCAGAACCGUUGGCGACGAAGCCGCGCGUGUAGCUCCAUUAUUAUUGCGGCUAUACAGUCUAACUGAAAAACAACAAUGGAAUGACGUCAGUCUAUGGAAAACGCGCGAUAAAUCCCGCCACCUAACUCUAUAUCAACAAAGUUAGUGUCCCUUUGUUAAGAGAUGCGUGGUUGACAAUAAUAGAAAGGUUAGCGAAAUCAUGUUUACGGCAAACGGCACUCGUCAAAUUCGAUUUGAUGGUUAUUGAAAACAGAUAGAUACGUAUUUAUUGUUAUUAAAUAUUGUUAUGUAGUUGUAUUUUAUAUUGUACCAAAAAAACCUGAUGAUGUUUUUUACGGUGUUAAAAUAAAGAUUUAAGAUUUGAGAUUUAAAGAUUUGAGGAAAUGAACAGAUAAAGACUGUACAGGCCGAUUAUUAUGGUGAAACUGGCAUGAAACUACUAUUUUUUUUCGCAAAGAGAUAAUGAACAGUAAACGCGCGAUGGGUAAAGGGUCACGUGGUACAAAUUGGCGUUUGCAAUAAACGCAAUUCUAAUUGUUUCUAAUGGAGACUAACUAAAUUAAAUAACGUGUAGAGGGCCAACCUUGCAUCAUAAGAUAUAUAUAACUCAUUAUGACUAUGCAGGAAUCCAGAACUUACUACACGUAUACCUAAUUCAUCUGUUAGGCCAGUGGCCCAUAACUGGCUCGGCGUUUGAACCCGACAUGCGCAGUUUCCUUAGUCAGAAGAGGCUGUACUGGUAAAGAGUUUUGUAACAAAAUGCCGUCAAACCCCUAUAAAAUGAAACUCCAGUAUACUCCAGUGUUGUUCGGCUUCAAUAAUGCUAACAUGUAUGGGACUGGAGCCUGCAAUAGCUUAGCCUGUACAAGGGCGUUUCUGGGGCCUUAAGGCUGGUUUGGGGCGCGUGAUCGAAGCGCUGAAACAUGCGAGAGGAGGGAAAAGAGAAAAACAACUAGUAGGUUUUUUUCUUUUGCUGUGAUCCAUGCAGGCUAGUAAUAACGUUUUCACGUUAUAACGAACAUUAUUCCGGUAGGAACUCAGGUAUUUUCGAGAUAUUUAAGACUGGUAUCAGUUCGGAUAUUCUUAACAGUUUUCCUUUUCUUUUCCCUUGAGCUCGUAGGUUAUGUAAUUGGUAUUUUAAGGCUGCUUCAAAUCCAGUUAAGCUUAUCCUCCUAAUUUGUUUGUAAUCUGCGCUUACCGAAAAGCUAUCGUCAAUGAUUGAGAAGAAUUUGGCGGCAUUUUAUUUUAGUCUCGUCAAAUUCUUUCACGAAGAUCAAUUAUCCGUGAUGACGUAUUGCUUUCACAAAGGAUAUCAUUUGCUGGGCUUUUGAUGUGUUUAACUUUCAAUUUCCGUAAUAGUAUUUUGUUCGUAGACAAAUACAGUCAUUCCUUUCUCGUGGAAUCCAGUGAGGAAAAUCGUUUUUUUGUAUAACCUACAGCUUUUAUCAAAAUAACAUUGUUGCAGCCAUCCCUUGGCAGAUAACUCCACUCAUAUAUUGUUUCGGGGACUGAGCAGAAGCUAAGGUCAACUUUGACUUCGUUUUAGUGCCACGGAAUUCCACUGAUAUGAUAAACUAUACGUUCAACACUUGCAUGGCCAAACUAAAUGGCAUCACAGGAAAGUUCGGAAGCACAAAAACUUGGCAUCUAGGUUAUUUUCUACCUGGAAUUCGCUCUCCCUACUUGCCGCUAUUAUUAUUUUCCAAAAUUUAAUUUGUUUAAACCUUUGUUUUUAUAAGGGCGUGAUCAAGCUCACAUUGACCUUGCAAUUCUAAAAGCUUUGUAUUUUUCCGCGUAGCUAAUAAAAGCAUGUUUAAGAACUUUCCUGGCCCGCGCGUGCAAAUGAGUGCACAUGAUUGAAACUCACCCCACGUAUGUCUGUAAUUUGUAUGUUUAAUCAAAUGGUGACGAGUGAAAAAGACUCAGGAAAUUAUCAGAAUUUGCACAAAACGUGAGUGAAAUUAUUUCCUAAUAAAAAGGAGAAAGAAGCAUUGUACACAAGGGUUUGUGUUUGUACAUGUGGUUUUUUCGAAGAACGCACACUCUCAUUGGUUACUUCGAGGUCACAUGACAUCUAUCAAUGAAUCUGUUUCAGCCUAAAUCUCCGAGCGGGGCAACAUUUCAAAAUCCAUGACGACAGAGGAUACCGCGAAUGUUGGCCGGUGACCGCCGUUACAGCGAGGUUUCAGUAACGAAUUUCCAGCUUCAAAAUUUCGAACUAUAUAUAUAACAAAACACUUGAAGACUGGUCCCUCGUAGACUGCGAGCAGCCUCUCUUUUUCUUCAGAUUUAGUAAGAGGAGUGCACGCGCGCGGGCGUUUAGCGGUGAAGCCGCGAGACGCGAGAAACGUGGGCGGCAGCCCGGGAAGAAAAAAUAGAGUAUCUCUUUUGUUGUGCCUCUCCCGUCUCGCGCCUUCAGUCACGCGCGUGGUCAUUUUUAUGUCUCGGGCGUUUUGGUCGACGGACCAAGAAAAAAGAGAGGCUGAUCUUAGUCUAGGUCCCUCGAGAAACAGUUAAUGUUGUUUCUCUCGAAUGUCGAUGUUUCCCGAGACGGAGCCGAGGGUAACGUUGAGACUCUAAUUUUUCUCAAAAAUGUUGAGUGAUAAGUAUUUUUACUUUUCAGGUGACCAGAAAGCCACUCUUAUUCAGGCAAUGCGCCACUGGGAAAACUUUACAUGUUUAUCAUUUAUUGAACGAACAACAGAGAAGGACUAUGUCUUUUUUCACAAAGGUCGCUGCGGGUGAGUAAUGGGAUAGUCAGAGUAUACAGUCUUGGAAAGUGCAAUACAGAUUAAAAACCGUAAACUGAAGCUUAACAGCGCCCCUACCCCUCCCCUCCCAACUUAUAAGCUCUCCAAGUUAUAGCCCAUCUACCUGUAGCCUGUGUACAGACACCCUUCCCUCCUCCCCUCAGGAAAAACCCCUUCUCCGAUUUUUUCCUAACGGGAAGGGGGGGGGGGUCUUUACACAGGCUAAUCUACUUGUAAACCAAAAAAUACAUCCGAUUAUAACCCCCCUCGUACUAAUUGAAGCCUUGCUUAUUAUGACGUUUUGAAGCUUAAUCAAAAAACAAGUAAAUGCAAAACGUAUUUUGAUCAUCGCUGCUAUAGUUUGUUUCAAAGCGCUUUUUCCAUUCCGGUUAUAAGCCCUCCUAGUGAAACCUCUUACGAAGAUGUAUAAGCUGCAGUUUCCAGUAUAAUUCUUUAAGAUCACUUAUGCAUUGAAUUUGAUCAAUGUUCACCCAAUUUCUUCAAUUUCCCGACAUGGUAAAUGUCAUAUAUUAUUCUCACUCGGGGAGAAACACGCACAAAAGCCUAAAUAAGCAUCAAUGCACUUCCUACCAUUCUCAGCGUGGCCCGGGAGAAUACAAGGCCACACCCACAGAUCAUGUUCCUCCUUUUAAAGGGUAGCCUCAGCUUGAUUAUUCAGCCAGUUCUGGUAAAGUUUAGGUCUCGGCACACUCGAAAGCAGUUCUCGCCCCACCCUCCUCACCGCUGCAAUAAGGCAUACCUCAUAUUCUCUCCUGGUCUACAGACUCGCAAAGCCUCGGGCCGAUUCUCUCACAUCUUAUGCAUUUAGCCUCAUUUCGCUUUGUGUGCUGGUGUUCCGGGUGAGAAUAUAUUGCAAACACCAUCAAUUUAUUUCGUAAACAGGUGUUGCUCGUAUGUUGGACGGAAGGGAAAUGGACGUCAGGGAAUUUCCAUAGGGAAGAACUGUGACAAGUUUGGAAUCGUAAUUCAUGAGAUAGGUCACACGGUUGGCUUCUGGCACGAACAUACGCGACCUGACAGAGGACAAUAUGUCACUAUUAUCCGGGACAACAUUAAGAAAGGUGAUCUCUUUGUUGGUCACUUUGAUCCUCUUCGAAACUACCUUUGAUUUUUCUUUUUUGUAUAUCAAGCCACUAGAAGGCUGUUUUCAGAGUCAUUCUUGAGACACAAAAACGUGCUAUGGAUUUCCAUGUUCUUGUGUUUUUCUUUUCCACACUUUAUGCAUUGAUUUACUAGGCAACUGUUCGCCAAACCUGAAAAUUCUUCAGACGACUUUUCUUGCUUUAUUGCCACGUUAUAUUUUACAAAAAGACGAUUACCAAUCGGCUUGAAAACGGGCUCUCCAGGCAAAAUACCGAGCCAGGGUUCAUGUCAAAAGCAUCAAGAGAGAAGAAGUCGUUAUGUUCCAUUACCAUGCUAGCAAAAUUUCACAACAAUACACACAAUAGGGAGCUUGAGCAACGACGACGCCGUUGGCAACGAGAACGGCAGAAAAGCAUUAGGUUUACAUGUAUAGAGUGGUUUUCGUUUGAGUGUCGUAAAACCAAAACCAAAGUAAUUACUCUGACCAAUCACAUAGGACACAGACAAUACAUUGAACCAAUCAAAACUCGCAGUAAUUAAAUGUGGCUGACGCAAAGCGCGGGAAAAUGCAUGCGAGCGCGUCACAAUUGGCUUUGGUUUUACUUCUGAUUGGAUGAAAAGGUGGCGCGAAUCUUUUAAGCCAAUCGCAUCGUGUAGAAAGUGCAAAACCAAUUACUUUUCGACACUCAAAUGAAAACCGCUCUAUUAACAAAUCAACAACUUUACACGUGCAUAAAGUUUUUUUGUACAUUUCUUAGCCGUCGUUGCACGACUUCGACAUGAAACUUCCUCAUUUUUACGCGCCCGCGGUAUGGAGUAGGUAAAUACAACACGAAAAUUUUCCUCUUUUUUUUCUAAACCUAGAUACGGUCCUUUCGUAUUCAAUCCCAGAACAUUUCAUUAACAUUUGACAAAUUGAAUUAAAUUGAAUAACAUCGAUGAAUUUUGAAACAGCACGAAAUCUUUUUUUAAGUGACGAUUGCGGGUUGUUGUCAUCCAGAAAUUUUGCUACCAUGGUAACGUGACGUAACGACUUCUCCUCUCUAUUGUCUCGUAAAUUAUCGACUGUUAGGAACACUUACUAUGAAUACUUCUUCCAGAUAUAUACAGCUAGAAAGUACUGUAUCCCUUGGGAAACAAAAGAGUUCAUCAAACCAAAUCGAGAAACAAAUUGAGAUCGUACACCCUCUUUUGGAGAAGAUUUUAGAUAACAAGUACUGUAAUUGCAAACACUGGCUCAAUCGGAUACCAAAUCUGUUGCUUAAGUUACCACUAUAAAAUUUACAUUAGACGUGUCCUUCAGUGCUAUUAAGCUGAUUUAGCAACAGAACGAGAACGUCUGUUGACGACAGCGCGCGCAAAUCAGACAACUGGCUUGACCAAUAGCAGAGCAGCAAGUUGGGCACUGGAAGUCGCGUUCAGUCCUUUCCGCGCGCUUUCCCGUCGUCAUCUGACGUUCUCGUUGUGUUGCUAAAUCUGUUGCUAAAUAUUGUUUGCGGCAAAUGAUUCUUACAAGUCAGCUUGUUUCUGCCUGACUUUUUCAAAAGUUGUUUAAUUUCCUUGUUUGCUUAUUAGGCGAGGAACACAACUUCCUUCAACUGAGUUCAACAGAAAUCAACUCGCGAAACGAGCCUUAUGAUUAUGGAUCCAUCAUGCACUACGGGAAGAGUACGUUUGCAAAAGAAGUCAAUAAAGUCACUAUUUUACCCAAAAGAGAUCCAAGAACAUCAUUUAUUCCUGACAUUGGACAAAGAGAGCGUCUUAGUACAGGCGACAUUAGACAGAUAUCUAAGAUGUACCGCUGUACAGGUAGGAAAAUGUUCUCAAAAGUCUCGCCUUAACCCUUUAAACCCUAAGAUCAAAAUGAGAAUUCUCCUUUGUUGCCUCUAUUCAUUUCCUACAGAAGUAGUGGGGAGAAGUCGAAAAAAAAUCAAGCAGGUUUAUCUUGUGUGAUCAUGUCCGUAAUUCUCAUGACCACUCUGUUUUAGAAAGCGUUUACAUUACAAGGAGAAAUUUGAUGCUGAUCACUCUUAGGGCUUAAAGGGUUAAACCACUGUCACAUAGAGUCACAGUUAUUCAAUACUGUUCCAAAGCUGUUUGUUUUGCCGUUUAAGUGUAAUCCGGAAUAAACCUUAUUGACUUCGUUUCAUAGUAGCCUCAAUUUGAAUCACGUAACGGUAAUCAAGGGAGAAAAGUUUAAUCUCUCAAAACGGAUACCUCUUCUACUAGUUCAAGACGGAAAGUCCAAGGAAUAUCACCUCCCUAAAAAGAACAAUAAAAAAGAAAUUCAUGUAUCGAAGAACCUUGCGAGGCUCGGCGGGGGAUAAAUAGAGUAAAUUGGGUAAAUGGGCCACACCCUUUUCUUUGACUCCUAAUAAGGCAAAUACUUUUCUUAGACAGACAUUUAAGUGCCACAAAAGGUCAUAUUCAUUUUCAAUUGUCUUUAUCGACAGAAAUCUUCCAGCCAAGAAUAUCACGUGGUCUACAAAGAGCACUAAGCUUUUGGAGCCAAUAAUGUCAAUUAUCAUACCAUAUCUUUUGCUGGCUAAUGUCACUUAUCACGCAUAUUUAUUAUUUUUAUCUUCAGAAUGUGGAAGAACACUCCAUGAGCACUCUGGUACAUUUACAUCGCCUGGUUUUCCUAACAGUGGAAAGUAUAAAUUCUGCGAUUGGCGUAUUUCUGUGACACCAGGCCAGCGUAUAUCUCUGAAUUUUACCGCAUUUGGUCUCAAGCGAUCUGCUAAAUGCAAAGAUGAAUACGUGGAGGUAAGAGACGGUCAUUCAAGAACGGCACCUCUGAUUGGCAAGUUCUGUGGGAGAAAAGAUCCACCUCCUUUAAUGUCUACAGGAAGUAGAUUGUGGAUAAGAUAUUCUUCUGGUGAUGCUGAGACUAGGCAAGGUUUCAAAGCAAGUUAUAAAGGUACGUCAUGUAAGAAUCACAGGCAAUUCGCCAAUUAAGGAAGGAGAAUGAAAACUGGGCUUUGUUAACUUUCACUAAGACUUCUUUUUUCAGUACAAUGAAUGCAGAUCGGCAAAUUUGGCGAUUUUCGAACAAAAACGGCUAGGCAGCAAGAAAUUUUUCAGUUAUUCUGUUGGGAUUUAUUUGCGUUAUGAACAAAGCCCACCGCUUUUUCUUUUUAGCAUUUCUGAUGAAAUGAUAAAUGAAAUGAUAUGUGUGGAGAAAAUUGAGUUCUAGAUUGGAAUUGAGCCCACGACCUUCCGGACACCAGUCGGAUGCUCUAACCACUGAACUACUGAGAGCUAAGUGGUGAGCAGGUCAGUUGUGGGCUGACAUAACUACCGCAUCGCGCAGUCACAUUAUGCUAAGUGAACACACAAUAUUAACUGCAUGCGCAGUCACGUAAAUACUCUAUGAGCUCUCUACUAGAUUGUUGCUCUCUACGGUAGUUUGCUCCUGUUUUUUCAUUGAAAAAAACUCUCAACCUCGAGGCCCAUUUUAUAGACUUAAUAGUCUAGACCCUUGUGAUAUUUAAGAAAGGAAAGGAGACUGAGGCGUAACCUCUGGAAAUUAUUCUGACUUUUUGCAGCGGUUUGUGGCGGGCCAAUAUCCGGUCGCCAGGGUACCAUUCAAUCACCUUACUACCCUGAGUGGUAUCCGCCAAACACGAAAUGUACUUGGACAAUUUCCCUGCCACAGGUAUGUAAUGUGUAACAAUGGGGGAUUCAGGCCAAAAAAAUAUACAUAUAAUUAAAGAAAUCUCUAUUGAAAAUGUCAGUGGAGGGGCCCCCGGGCGGGCCCGGCCCACCCCCUUUCUUUUUAGACCAAAAUGAGGCCUAAGGGCCGCAAAAAAAGUUUUUGGAGACCGCCUCUCCCCCCCCCCCCCCCCCCCCCCCCCCCCCCCCCCCCUCCCCAACACCCCCCCUCCGCCUCAUCCCGGCUGUUUCCCUGCGUCCUGCGCGCCAUCUACAGAUGUACACCACUCCCUUACUCGACACACAGUACAGGUCACCCCUCCCCGAACUUAUCUCAGAGUCUGCAUGACCGGUUGGAUUUUUGGUGCCAGCUGGUGUAGAAUAGGGUAGCAAAAUUACAGCUGACCAUGGUCUAGUAUACGGUAAAGAUCCCGUGACCCUUCGGGCUCACAUAACUAACUCCUCCUGUGCUAAGCCAUAAUUAAAACUUUUUCCUCCCCUAACACUGUUGGUUCUUCAAACAUGAUGUUCCGGUUAUGGGCAGCUAGUCUUCGCUAGCCAUGAUCAUACAAUUCGGGAGGAUGCGAAGCCAGGUGGACGUGUAAAUCAGGGGUCAUUUUUGUCAUUGUAAUACCCGCUCUGACCAUUGGUCCGAAAUUUCCUCUUGGCAGUAUCGACUUCAAUGGUAAUGAGAGACGGAACGAUGAAAAAUAGUCACACAGUAUUCUCUAUUUUUUUUUUUUUCUUUAGCAUUUUAGGGUAGGGAUACGCUUCAAUGCGUUUGAUAUCGAAAGCCACCACAAAUGCCUGUAUGAUUACCUCCAAAUCUACGAUGGACCUGACGUAUCAUCUCCAGUCUUAGGAAGAUUCUGCGGAAAAUCUCUUCCCAACGAGCUAAAGAGUAACUCUAGUCAACUAACUAUUCAAUUCGCCACUGAUGGAACUGUCAUGAAACCUGGGUUUUAUUUGGAAUUUUUCUCAGGUACUGCUUUUUGUCGCCCCAUAUAAGGUAAUCUAGGGUACGUACCAUUGACAGAAAAAUCCGGUUGGGGUGUCGAAAGCAUAAUGGUAAGCGAUUUACUAGUUUACCGGAAUUUCCAAAAUUUUAUGUCAAAUGGUAAGCACCUCUGGAUUAAUCCGGACUCCUGGACUUUGGAAUCAGUAAUUCAGCUCAAGGAAUCCGGACUCCGCUAACGAUUGGAAUCCGGAAUUCAAGCUCCACUGAUUAGGAAACUAUAAUCCUGUACCUGGAAUCCAGAAUCCAAGAAUUUCUUGGUCUACUUUACCUGAGGCAAUUUUCGUGUUUUUUUUUUUGUCUGUUUGGUUUGUUGGUUUGUUUCUGUUUGAACUUUACGUUAAAGCAAUACAAUUUAAGGACCGGGGAGAUAUCGAGCAAGAAGGCCUAUCUGGCAAUCAACAAAGAAACUAUUUCUUUGUUGUUGACAAGACAGCACUCUAGUAUUCUAAAGAAGAGGAGCAAUCGUAUAUGAGUGAACAGAGCGCUGGACAAUCAGGAGUUCUCGGGCUACUUUCCGCUCUAAUCACUAAAAUUAGGUAUUUCUCGGCAUUCCCCUAGUUCAAGUGUUGGCCAACUCUCGCUACAGUUUGCCUCCUACCUCAUGCUUAACUUUGUUUUGUUCAUUCAGUUUUGGUUUACUUAUUCCAAGCGUUUGCAUUGCUUGGCCCCUUUAAGCUUGUGUUAUGAACAGUGCCGUUGAAAAAUGAAGAUUUUUUCAGGUUGUCUCGCCAGUGCUUCUAUCACUAUCAUCUCGCUUCUUACACGAGGUGUCUAUUUCCUCUUUUAGAGAUUAAUGAAUGCAGAAAAAACAAUGGCGGAUGUCAGCAAAUUUGCGAGGAUACCCUUGGUGGAUACCGCUGUGCAUGUAAGCCUGGUUAUGAACUCAGAUCGAACAACAAAGACUGUGAAGGUGAGACAGAGAGAGAAAGAGAGAGAGAGAGGGUAACCCACGUUGGAGUAGCACGAAACUGAUAUAACAAAAAAAAUGAAGCCUAGUAAUAAUAAUGUUAAUGAUAAUGAUCUGGAACUACAGAAGUGUAUCUGUCAUCCCUGUCGUAACUGGAGCUCUUGGGAUUGUAAGUAAACACCUAAGGAUAUGGAUAAGCAUGCUGGGAACACCUGGGAUCAUUGCAUUGCUCCAGAAAGCUUGUUUGUCGGGAAUAGCUAAGAUCCAAAGAAGGACCCUAGACACCUAAGGCCAUAGGAGAUAGCUUGAUGUUUCGGGAAAUAAGGCCACCUAUAGGUGUCAGACAUGAGCAUAAUAAUAACUAGAAAUACGUUUUCGCAAAAAAUCUCGCAAAGCUAACAGGGCCAACAGUGAGACUAGACCGUAAAAAGCCAAAGGGUAAAAAAAACGAUGAAAGAAAAAAGAAACUGGAAGUUGCCGCGCCGGGAUUUGAACCUGCAUCCCAACUUCCUCCAGCGAAAAAAGUGCGGCCUUUAACCACUGGGCUAUGUAAUUAGCUGAAAAUCAAUAGUCUUGAAGUAUCUUUUUCUGCUAUUCACACUGUUGAACGUUAUGGAGCUGUAUUUAUCAUGAAUUCAAAGAUACUUUUGAGGAGAAUAGCUCAAACGAGUAUUUCAAAACCAUUUCGCAUUAUCUCCGUGUUUAUUCGGGCUUCAUACAGGCCGCUCGAUUAACGGACUGUUCUUCUUCUUCGCUGCUUUCGCUGAAGUUCAGGUCACCGUUCUUUCGGUGUUAAACCUUCCACGGCAAGGAUUUCCAGCCACUUGUCCAAUCGGGCACUGUUAUGCAGCCCGCGGUUAUUUGCCUCAGAACUAUUUAGCGUUUUGCCAAAGUACAAUAAACAGAGGAUGAAUAAAAUGUGGCCAAGUCGCUGCACUUGUUGCCUGGAAACUCAAAAUGCACGAUGACGUCAUGUUGAAUGGCGUCUUUAAAAUUUGUUUAUGGCUUGUUGCUAGGCAACUGCGGAUAGCAAACCGAUAGAAAGAUUUAUAACCAAGCGAAAUCGCAGUUCGCUUGCGAUCCUCGCGUGAUACGCGCGCUGCGCGCGCGACAAAAUUAUAAACUCGCUCCGCGAGAAUAAUAGCAAUAAUGAUAAUAGUAAUGAUAACGAUUUUCGAGGUAGAACAUCCACACGGUGGCUCUUCGUGUACCUGAUUCCUCGUCGGUUCUCAAAAACCAAAUACGUACCCAAAAAUCCUUAGAUCUACUAAGACCUAGAACCUUCUCAAUCUCAAAAACUAAGGUUUUGUCAUCCCAAGAGGGGUUUAGGUGAUGUAGUUGUUAGACUCCCCGGGCUACCGUGUCUAUCAAAAAAUCUAUCUAAAAAAAAUGUCAAAGUAAGAAUGAGAGCGAGAGUGUUUUAUAGAGGAGAGAGGAGAGGAGUAUAUAUAUUCAACCACAGCUUAGAUAAUCUGUGUUAAGUAAAAGAUGAAGUUUAAGUAAGUAAAAUUAAAAGCUUACUCCGUUACACCCUUGUCUUCCUUGUAAGUAAGAAAAAACUGUAUUUUUUAUUCGUCCUUGAUUGUUUUAUCAUUGUUCACCCAGCCGCAUGCGGUGGAACAUUAACAGCUCCAAGGGGCAACAUUACGUCACCAAGUUACCCGGAUGUCUAUCCCAGAAACAAACGCUGCCUUUGGAAGAUAACUGUACCCGACGGACAAAGAAUUUCGCUAAAAUUUAAUCACUUCGAGUUGGAAGGAAAUGGAUAUGGGGUGAGCUUAUGGGGAAAAUGUCAAAUUAUAAAUUCUUGAGUUGUUUUUAUUUUUUUUAUUUUUUUUACAAACUCGUGGUUGUUUUCUUACCAAAAUGCGAUACGCGUACAUGUACAUGUAGUUCUAUGUUGGCACUAAAAGUUCUUCCUGUGAUUUAAGUAGCGUUUUGUAGUACUUGAAGCGAACAUGUGGAGUUCAGACCACGCUUACAAAAGGCUAAAGACAAUGGUACAUUCUAAAACAGUCGACCCAAAAAGCAGACGCUGUCCCUUAACACAGGUUUGUCGUUUACGGGAGGCUCCAACUGGAAGGUUCAGGCCGGGAAACCUUUUGCUGUUUUGAAUAGGUGUCUUCAAUCUGUUGGCGUCGCUUUUCGGAGUUAGUAAGUCGCUUACGACAGGUGGUCUCACAUAUGGUAUAUAUUUGGCUUUCAGACGAAACGGUUUUCAAUUUUCUUUUUCGUACCUUUCAGCCUGUAGGUUCUUAAUUCACUAGGUUCUUAUAUGCGGGUUUUUACUUUAUUGUACUGACUGAAUUUUGUGAAUUCAAAAUUGUGUAAUAAAGGGGGUAAUUGAACUUCGUGUCUUUCCUUUUUAUCUGAAAUUAUAAAUUGUGAUUUCAGACCAAAUUGCACACCACUCAGUCCAAUUACCAUUAGUAAUGUAGUAUGAUAGGGCUUAGGGCUGUAUGAUAGGGCGUUUAUCGUUUGUCUCACAAUGUCUUGGGUACUGAUCGCGAAGUUUCGUCUACAUACUACUGGUCUUCAUCAAGUGAUGGUAUUGUUUCCGUUUCAUUUUGUUUUCUGUUAGGUAUGCCGUUACGAUUACGUCGAAAUAAUAGAAAAAGACGAUCAAGUUCUUGGCAAGUUUUGCGGUCGAAAAAUUCCCCAGACUGUAACAUCAUCGUCCAAUCUUAUGUGGGUGGAAUUUCGAUCUGACCACACCCAGUCAAGAGCGGGAUUUGUUGCUGAGUAUUACGCAGGUAACUAACAAUGAAAAUCACAAUGGAUAAUGUAACUAGGCACCCUCGCAUGCUUGUGAUAUUCUGGGCAGUGUGAAUAUCGACAAGCCUGCCUUUCCCUUAUCAAAAAAAUGUGACGAUUCUUUGAUAUGGGACAGAGUGGGUGUUUCUUGGUGUUGCCAGAGAUAUUAAAAUGGAAUGGUUGUAAAACCCGUUAGACUUUUUUUUUAGAUUUUUUUGUUAGAUUUUUUGGACCUGACCGUGCACAACCUUCAAUAGCAUUCCUAUCAUUUUGAACUUACUGACCAAUAGAAACAUCACAAUAAUUUACUCAGUCAGAAUUUGUGAACAAAAAACAAAGCAUUGUGCACGGUCAGGGAGCUUCCAACAUAAACUAUAGCACCGUUGUUUCCAACUUUGAUGUUUGCCGGCGUUCCUAACCAAUCUCCUCUACUAACUAUGGUGUUGCGGAGUCUUUUUAACAAUUAUUCCUCGAGCCCGAAUGGGCUCUGAGUCAAUAGGGCUAUUGACUCAGAGGCCGUGAGGGCGAGAGGAAUAAUUGUUUUAGUAAAAUCCAACUAUUUGGUAAAAAAUAUCGAAAAUAAAAGACUUUUAGCUAGUUAAAGCUAGACUUUAAUCCUUUUUUUGCCGCCAAAAAAGCUCGCGCUUUUCGCUACUAGUGGGCUAUAACAUAUAGCCUAGUAGUAGCUCAACCAAUCAGAACGUAGCAUUGACAAUAGACCACUAGUUGGAUUUUACUAAUGUUGGUUAGUUAUUGUUUUGUUGGUGUGGUUAUUGUUCAGAGUCUUUUCAAUCUGUUGUACUACGUCAUUGGGUGAUUGCAACUAUCUGCAACAUCAAGAAACUUUGAAAAGAGUUAACCAGACUAAAUUAAAUUAAAUUAAAUUCUUAGAGAAACUAUUCCACUUGAAGGCACCCUUCUUCAAACAGGCGCCUUUGUCCGCUACCUUUUUGUAAAUAAAGAUUUUUACAAUAAUUGUAUCAUUGGUCUGUAGACACUUUUGGACGAAAGUAAUGUUAAGUUGCAAAACAGAAAAAGAGGUGUGUUCAUCUUAUUCAUUUAAAAGCUUGUAUUUAUCAAUAAAUAUUUAAAUCUGUAAAUGCAAAGGGCACCAAGCUUGUUUAGGGCAGGGCCACGAGUUGUAGGGUAGAUAGCCCUUCGGAUCUUUCGAGACGCCGCACGCUUAUAAUGCUUCUUUAUAGGGAACAGAGGCAGGAUUUACUAAGCAGUACUUUGGUCUCCCGACUCCAAAUUACCCUGCGCGCUGCAAACAAGGGCUUAAGCAAUGAUUACAGCGAAAGCAAAAAACGUCGCACAAAAAUAGGCAUUUGCCCUGUUUCAAACUUCAUCGCUCUUAUUCUGUCUCGAACAAUUUGUCAAAUGUUGGCAAAUGUUUCUGGUGUUAAACUCUAAAGGACUGUACAGACUGCAUCCAGACUCAAAAAAAGAAAAAGAAAAUCGUUGUCGCGGCACAGGACGAAUUUUACACCAGUUGAAAAUUAUUGUGUUUUGGUGUUCUGUUCAAACGGAACCACCUUAUCUAUACGAAAAUAAAGAUGCCUAGCCGCAUGGAUGCGGGGAAAAUCAGCUGGAGGACGCCAUUUUUAAUCCGCUAAAGAAGCGCUCUGCGCAUGGGUAGAUGGUCAAACCAAUGACAAAAAUUCAACCUGGUUCAGUCGUCAGUUCAGUGCGAAAGAAGAGUUCAGUCAAAUUUUUCAACCGGUCGAAAAUUCAUCCGGUGCCAUUGGAACGUUGACGUAGCCUAGGACGUUUCACAUCGUAGUCGUGUAAUGACAGCAAAGAAAUGUACAAAAAUGCGUGACGCACGUGCAAAAAUGUUCUUGUUGUUGCUGUUGUUGUUUGUUUUUUUGUUUGCUUGCUAAUUUAAACCUCUUGUUUUUUUUGCCGUUCUCGUUGCCUUCACCGUCGUCGAUUCGUAAACUCCCUUAUAGUGUAGUGAGGGUCGAGGUUUAUGUGAACGGCUUUGACACGGGCACGAAAAUCAACCACUAGAGCCUGCCCAAGCCUAUUCCAAAUAGCAACUUUUUACAGUGCCAUUUGAAAAGUCAAUGUCUUUUCUAUACUAGUUUUAAACUCUGUUACUUGACUUGGAUGUCUUUAUUAACAAGUGUUAAUUCCUUAUAAUUGAACACUACAUUGGUUUUGGUAGAUGAGGAUGAAUGCCAGAAUAGUAAUGGCGGAUGUCAGGAAAAAUGUGUCAACACUGUCGGCAGCUAUAUCUGUUCUUGUAGAGAAGGGUUCGUGCUACAAAAUGAUAAACACAGUUGCAAAGAAGGUAAAAGCAUCCUUUUAGUUAAUUUGGUCUGCACCGGAUUUGACGGUUGCUUGCGCGCGCCCUCCCACGGAAGGAUGAAAAGAGCUCUACCCCCCGUCCUUUCCCUAAUGUCGCAAUCAACUUAAUGCAGAUAUGAUUCUUACCAGUUAUGUAAACUAGCCUAAUGAGUGGUUCGGCAGAGAUGAAACCCGUGUCCACGACUCAUUCUCUGUGGAAGUCCAAACGAAGCUGGCUAUAUACGUGCGUGGAUGAGCAAUAGCAACCUGGAGUUUUCAUGGUCCUCUUUCCUCUUUGUCAGUGACACCUAAUAAAAUCCAAAAGGCGUUUAGUGACUGAGUUUGGCCACAUUCAGCCGCAAUCUGCCUCCAUUACAUGGUUUUAAACCGAGGGGGAGUGGUACAAGUCCAUUUAUUAUGAUAAUAAAUCAUAGUCAGAAGGGUGCGUGGAGAUUUGGAAUGGCUGUAUCUCGUUUAAUAUUUACCCAAAAACAUCAAACUUGAGGAUUUUAUAAUGCUCGGUGCGUUCUUUCUCAAUAUGACAAUCAUGAGUUAAUAAUCCCGAAAUACACGGACUGGUACCAAAUCCCAAUCGAUUUCAAAUAAGGCACGGUAUCAACCCUGCUACAUGUGACAAGACAGGGGCUUAAUAUACUGUGUCUAUUUCCGAUUACAGUGAAUCACUGUGGAGGUACUCUGAAUGCUCUAUCAGGGGAGAUCACCUCACCGAAUUAUCCAGGAACUUACCGGUCAAACAGAGAUUGCACAUGGAAGAUUGUGGCUCCUGCAGGAAAUCACCUAGAGCUUACUUUUAAGGUAAGAUGCAGUAAACUUCUUCGUAGAUUUAUCAAAUUUGUUUCUGUAGCUUAUCUCCUAAGCAGGAGUCAAAUCCGAUCAAAUCCAGGAGACACCUGAUCGCAGUCUUAUCCUCUACGAAAAAAAAAUAGAAAAAAAUUAGGAAUAUCAAAGGCAUGAAAAUCUUUGUUAACCAGGGAGUCCGGAUUCUGGAAUCCGUGAAAUUUUUGGAAUCCUGGGCUUUGGAAUCCUGAAUCCGGAAUCCGGAAUAGAGGUCAAAGAAUCCGGAAUCCUGAAUCCAAGUUCCCCUGACAAAGACUGAAAUCCAGUUCUGAAAUUCAGAAUCCUAGACUGUCUUGCAAUUCCUCACACGGGGCGAGCCCUGCCUUUCACAACUAAACCACGUUAUGGCGAGAUUUUUUGUCACCCCAACUUUUAUAUCCUGUAGAGUGUUGCCAAUGAGAUAAAAGAGAGCUUAGUGAGCGGUCAUUAUUUAUUGCCUGGGGUGGGGAGGGGGCCCGGAGGAUUUGGGGGGGGGAUCACUUCAUUUUUAGGAGAACAAAAGGGGGGAUCAGUCGUAACUGAGAUCACUCAAAUUUGCUUGGAAAAUGAAGGCAAAGGGGGGGGUCGUGAAAGUCAUCAAAUGUCAUCAGGGGCGAUCACUUCACUGAAGUAACCUUCAAAGGGGGGAAUCGACUAAAUUUCACCUUGUUUAGCCCCAAAUCCUCCACCCACCCCCCACCCCCCUCUCCCCCCAGGCGAUAAAUAAUGACCGGUCCCUUAAGCAAAGGUGGUUUUGAGAAUGAAAUUAACUUUUUUGUUGUUGUGAAAUUUAAGCUGUUUAGUUUUUUUUUCUAGACACUCUUGAGAUUGUGCUUGGUCGGCAUGUUUAUUUUACAUUGUACAUUAUUUUAGUAACCUUGACCAUACUUACACUUACACUCACUUUAAGAACUAGGUAGAUAAGAAUUACGUUUUGAAACAACUACCUUUAUAAAACCAAAAUACUGAGCUUUAACCACGAGAUGUGCUUUGUCUAGUUUAGUUGUGUAACAUAAACACUGGAUUAGUUUUAUCUGCUCUAAAACUGAGGGAAAGUUACCUUUGUUAUUUGUUUCCUCUCUCCCACUUCGAACUUAGUUGUAAAGCUACACUAAGGUUACAGCUCAAGUUGUGGUUUGAAGAAUCUUACUAAGUAACAAGGUCAGGAAAGAAAUCCCUUCCGUCAGCUACACCUUCCCAUAAAAAGUUCUUCUGGACAGCUUGGCUGUAGCCUUGUGCUCGCCCAAGAGCUUAUAACUAAGACAACUGGUGCGAGAAAAAAUAACUAUAAACGAGCCUCAAUCCAGAGAUCUAGAGACCCGGGUAGUGCGUAAUUAAAAUUACACCUUUUCGUUCCGACACAUUUCCUUGGUAGUAUAGAUGGAUAUAGAUACGACAAAAUUUAAAUUAGUCAGAAAUUUUUUUUCAAGAAAUCAGUCGACUGAUUCAAUGUUUAUUUUACAGGAAAUAGAUAUUGAAGAACGCAAACAAAACAAAUGUCCAUUUGACUACGUUGAGGUGUUCUCUGGCUCUGGGAAACAGAGCAAUAGUCUUGGAAGAUUUUGUGGGAGGCAGCGUCCUAAGACACUGAUAUCACGAACUCACAAAAUGGCAGUCAAGUUCCGCUCCGACAAAAGGGUGAACGCUAAAGGAUUUAGAGCGGAAUUUAAAGCAGGUAAAUUUUAUCAUCAUCAUCAUCAUCAUCAUCUUUGACCUGUAAGGCCACAUUGGUCCAACAUGCAACCGCGGUUGAACAUCUGAGAAGCUAUUCUUUUAUUCAUAUUCUAUUAUAAUUUUUUUAAAUUGUAUUAAAUUAUGUUCGGCGUCAUUUCAUAUACCACAGAGUAUAAAAGGGUAGUUCGUGCAAAUGUUUAUUUCAAUUAGUUUUUUUCUCAAUUUGGGUCCUCCCGCUUAAAAUGCCCGAACAAUUUUUUCAAAAUUGUCAGGGUGCCGAUCGUCGACAACUUCACAUACGACUUAAAGGCUUUUACUGAUCCCAAGAAUGGUGAUACUUAAAAAAUAGUAAACCAACAUAAUAUUUGCAAAAUAACCUUUACAAACUGUUUUAAGAAACUCUUGUCAUAUUUUAUUACCACGGGUCAAAGUCUAACCUAGUCCCUAGUGUUCUUGCGACUUUCAAAAUGGCGGCAACGAGAAGUGGGUUUCUGUUUCCGGGAAUUCAUAUUUAACCAUUUUUGGUAAUCCCGAAAUGAAUCAGGGUUUGCACUGGUUAAAGAUUUUUGUCGUCGAUACGGAAAGUUGCAUUGUCGGUAAGAAAAUGAAAAUAUUGAGUUUAAGGGGCAAGUUAUAGUUUGCACUGGUUAAAAAUUUUUGUCGUCGAUACGGAAAGUUGCAUUGUCGGUAAGAAAACGAAAAUAUUGAGUUUAAGGGGCAAGUUAUAGUUAAAAAAAAGGAAUAACUGAUUAUCAACAAGCAACAAUACUUUCUAACGGCUCAUGCUGCAAAAUUGACUUCUUGUGCCUUGUUUCACACUAUGAAAGUCAAACCCACUAGGUGAUAUAAGAGGGAGGGGGGGCUUCGUAAGGUCGCAGUUAAGGGCUUUGCUCAAGUUGGACGUCAAAUUUUUAGGUCUAAUCGGCUUUGAAAGAAGAUUGCUACUUUUUAUAUAUUUUUGUACAAACUCGUGCGCAAACAUUCGCAAACCCAGCCACUCCCCAAGAUAGUAUAUCAGAUCUAGUUUCUCAAAAAAAAAAUGCGACCUGUCCUACUGGAAACUUGUAAUUUAUCUUUGUCAAAAGCAAAUUAAAACAUAAAACCCUUUAAGUUCCAAGAGGGACUAGCAUCAGUUUUCUCCUAACAUCACUAAAACGUUAUUAAGAGAAACGAUUAUGAGAAUUAAUGAAAUGAUCACCAAAUGGAAAAUGGUUUAAAGUAACUUUAACUAUAUUCUAACAACUUCUUUACGGAAUUAGAUGGAGAUGAUUCUGGAAAAUUUGCAUGUAGAUUUUGGGGUUUCAAGAGAUAAAUCUUCCUUAUUUUGUCUCUACAGAAUGCGGUUCUCAACUUCACGCCUCAAGCCAUAAACGCCAGUUCGUCUCCCAUCCCAGUUAUGGAGACGAUAACUACAAAUCAAGUCAUCAUUGUAUUUGGCUGUUAACUGCCAGAUCAGGUCAUGUGAUUUUUCUUCGAUUCAAAUCAUUUGACGUGGAAAACGAGAGGAAUUGUGGGUAUGAUUACGUGGAAAUCUAUGAUGGAAGCAAUAGUACCUCGCCAAAGCUUGGAAAAAUAUGUGGGUCGGAAUCGCAAGUCUCCCCCCGCUCAUUUACGUCAAGCGGAAAUCGGAUGUUUAUCCAGUUCCGAACGGAUCUGACCAACCAGAAGAAAGGUUUUGUCGCGGAGUAUUGCAGGUCACGUAAAAGUAGCAGUAGAAAGUGUUAAUAGUUAAGUGCAGCAAGUUCGCUUCACCGAAAAGUAAAUUCGCUAUCUUCGAACUGACCAUAAGGCACUUUGCUUGCAUUCCCCCUUCCCACCCCCCAUGCAAUUCUGGGCACUUCGAAAAUUGCGAAUGAAAGAGGAGAAAGGUUUUGUAACAACACAAAAAAAAUAACUUAAAAAAAAA